ACUUCUAAGCUGUUAACAAUCUACCAUCGUCCUGCAGCAGUCAAUUGCUUAGCUGCAUAAACCCAAUUUGUUACUUCAGUGGCUCGUAUCGGUGAAUACAAGAGAUGGCAUUUGAGGCUUAUAUGAAGUGGUAUAACUUAGUAUUUGACGUUCUAUGAGCUAGAAUUAUAAAUAAUUGCAUUAUAUAUCUGUCUUCGAAGACGGUAGCUCAGCCAGGACUCAAAAAGAUCGAAUGAUUUGUAUACAAAAAUGUAUGACCAAUAUGAGCAGUGCAAGCAAGAAAAUAACGUAAAAGGAAGCUUUUUUUGUCAGAUAUCGAGAAGUGGCCUUCUAUGACUUUUUACUCUUUAAUGGUAUUGAAUUAAUGCGUUCAUUAUUAUAAUUACAUAAUUCAAAAUAACGUUUAAAUAGUCUCGAAUUUUAAAUAGCACGUCUAUUAAAAUAUCGCAAAAAGAAAAAAAUUAGCAAUUCGUUCUUUAGCUAAACAAACAUUCUCUUCCAAUAUUCUAUAAAUUUUUUCUAGGGUGAAAUAUAAACUGUUACGUAUUUUCGAACUGAGAAUUUUAUACGCGGACUGAAAAAUAGGUUACAAACUGAUAUUCCCCCUUUUUUUGGACCUGAAGAAAAAUGUAUCUUCAAAAAAAUCGACCUUGUUUUUUAAGAUGAAAUUCUUUAUAUAAUGUCGUUAUUUAUUUUUUUUUCUCUACUGGAAUCGCGAUUAGCAUAGCCUAAGUGUAUGCCUAUGAAUUGGCUGAAAAUUACGUCCAGCAUUAAGAUUGAUGGCAUAAGUACUGAUAUUCGGCUACCUUCCUUACGACCGCUACCUUCUUGUUCAAACUAAACCCUGAAAUGUUUUUUUAUGGCCUGUUAUUGAUGAUGUUUUUUUUUGCCGUUUAAAGUAGCUCUAAAAAGCACUAUAACUUGCUGUUAGAAUUAGGCUCUUUUUUUAGAAAACUGGAAGCAGCUUUUUUCAAAUCCGGCAAGUUUAAAAACGAUGUAUUCCACAACAUCACGUAGUCUAAUCCUUCGGCUUCGCUAUGGUCUUCGCUAUAUUUAAGUAUUUUUUUAGUUCCUUGGACGGUUGAUGGUGGAUACUGUGUAAUGAGUUCAGCCAUUUUUCUAGAAGCCAUCAAAAGCUCAUCUUUAUCCUCAAAAACGUGAUUAACUAGACCAAUUUUUUCAGCUCUUUCAGCAGGUAUGUAAGAACUUGUAAAGCAAAGUUCUCGGGCAUGACCUCUGCCGACGAUGCGAGUAAGUCUUUGCAAAGUCCCUACGUCGGCUACAAUUGCCAUUUUUGUUUCCAGCACUGAAAACCUUGCAUUCCUAGAUGCCAUUCUAAUAUCUGCGGCCGUUAUCAAAUCCACGCCACUCCCCAAGCAAUGACCAUGAAUCGCACAUAUGACAGGCUUGUUUGUGCUUUGUAAAGCAGAAAAGCUUGCCUGCCAAUCUUUUAUCAUUUUGCUUAAUUUUAUCCUGCCCUCCAUGCUAUCGUUACCACUUGCUUACCGGAAGCAAGUUAAGUGGGAUACACCCUUUUUUCCUUAGCAGAUUUUGUAUGCUGAAAGAGAAAUCAUUCAAACAAGUAAGAGGAUAGCGCACCUAUAAUCCUAGAGCUGGCUUUAAGGUCAAGGCCAACGCUAAAAUCAGUUCCCUCAGCCCAUAUCAAAAUAGCGCGAAUGUCGGGACUCUGAUCAGCUUGGUCUAUGCAUUUUUGGAAAUACACAAAAAAUUGCUCGUCCAUUUUAUUGAGGGCAACUGCUCUGUCCAGGACAACUUCAGCGACAUGACCCCUUUUAUCUAGCCUAACGUAGCGUUGUAUAAUAUUUUGAAAAUCAUGUAUCUCUGACAUAGUAAUUCAUUAAGAAAAAUGAAGGCGCAGGAAGAAAAGCUAAACUAAAUAUUAAAUGGGAAUGCAUGUUUUCUGAAUAUAAUGUAAAAUGCCUUAAUAGUAAGAAAAAAAACUGAUUGGCAAAAUUUUAACGCUAGCUUGUCAAUAAGUUAGGACGGUAUUACGAUGUCUUCCACCGAGAUUCAAUCCCCAACCGAAGACAAAGUAUUAAGGUUCACUUUUACUCUAAAUCCAGAUAGUACAGUUGAUGUAGACUGGAAGUGUAAGAUAAAAUCCAUAGACCCAGAUAAAAGGCCUCAAACGAAGCAGGCUUAUCAAGGAGGAACCGGUUUUUAUAAUGUCUUGCAAAAAUUGGAAGCCCUCCACUCCGGACCCAGUUUAAAUGUUGAGUAUGGCUACGAAGACGAUGAUUUCGUGGUUCCAGAAUCGAACAAUUCAGACAUAGAGAAUGAUGCUCAGAGUGAAAAUGAAUGUAAUGAUUUUUAUGUGAACGCUGGUAAUAACAUAGAAAAUAAAAAAAAAAAGCAUAACUAUACCUCAGACGAAGAAAUCGACAAUUCGGAUUCCGAUGAAGAGCCAGCAGCAAAACGCGCUAAGCAUGGCGAAUUAGAAGAAUGUCAUGUCUUGGCUCCUGAAGUCGAAGAAUGCAUCCAAGAGCUAGAAAAAGCCUGGAACUCUGAUUAUUCUGAUACGACUAAAGGUAGACCAGGUCGUUUCCCACCAGAACUGGAACCGUUACUUUUGCGCGUCGCUCAGACCGCCAUUAAUAAUAACAAAAAUAAAUUCAUAACAAAAAAAGUUGUUGAACGAGUUUACGAGAUUACUGGGUUUGCUACAACUACGCUCAAACCCCGAAUGAAGGAGCUCAUUAAGCGCUCUGAGAAUAACGAACUUGUUACCCCAUCUACAGAGCAUAUCGCCAAUGUGGUUGAUAUAACACGAAAUGUGGUACAAAAAGUGAAGGAUGAAAUAAAAGCUGUCUUAGAAGGGAAUUCAGACCCAGAGGUCGAGCUGAAUAACAUGAAAAAUACCAGAAUUGCUAAGUUGAAGAAGGACCUGUGCCAAGUUGAUCCAGAAUUGGUCUGGAACCAAGACAUUCGAAUGACUAUAAUUGAGCUUUCUUUUAUCGAAGAUACAAUCAUCGAACAUAGACAGGGCACCUCAAAUAAUAGCUCAUUCCGCGCUUUAAAAAGCGCUCUUUAUACCGAUCUUUCUUCGUUAUGGCCGGAAGGUAAAAUGAAUAAUAACAAGCUAACAGGCAUGGUUGCUACAGCCAAAAACAAGUUGAAAAGAUUUGAGGAUUAUUCAAUGUUCGGUGGUUCUUCAAUUUCGCAAACAACGCCCCCAAAAACGUCCUCAUUGUAAAAAUCAAGGCCAUCAAGAGUGAAAUCGACGUUACUAUUGAUCAAAAAACAUUCUAGAAUGUUUUGAUCCUGAAAAGCGAAUUUUUCGGUUUUGCAUUUUUUUUAGAAAGGAGAAAGAAAAUGUUGAAAUUGACCUCUAUAUAAUGGCAGACUGAUGCGUGUUAUUUAUGCUUGCUGAAAAGCUAUGCAGACAUUCCUUAGUAUACUAAAUGCCGGUCAAAGAUUACAAAAAAUUUUUGAUGCGGCUUGACAGAGGAUUUUGUGGAGGAGGGCCUACUAUAAAAAUAGCUCUAUAUAAUACAUCUAUACAAAA